AUGAAGAACAUGGUACCUGAUAUAAAAGAGUUAAUAGUAACUCUGAAAAGCAGAAUAACAGAAGCUGAGCAAAAGAUCAAGGAGCUACAAGAUGAGAAGGAACCCACUAAGAAACAGCAGAAAGUGCAAAAUUGUCUGAAAAGAAAUCAACAGCAUACUAGAGAACUGUGGGAUGAGUUCAAGAGGAACAAUGUAAGAAUCAUUGGAGUUCCUGAAGAACUGGAAGGCAAAUGUGAAGAAACAAUAAUUAAAGAAAUGAUCCAUAAGAACUUUCCAGAGUUGAGAAUUACAGUCACCGAGAUCCAAGAGGCCCGACGAUUCCCUGUGAAAAUAGACCUAAUUGGAAAAACCCCAAGAAACAUUAUACUUAAAAUGACAAAAUUUAAAACCAGCCAAUCUCGAGCCCCUGGGGGCGGCCGCUCCGGAGGGCAGUCCCGCGCUCGCUCCCCCAACAUGGCGGUCGCGAAGGAUGGUGGCGGUUUUGGCGGAGGAGCGGCAGGGAACGGGCGGCGGCUCCACCUAGGGAUUCCGGAGGCCGUGUUCGUGGAGGAUGUAGAUAAUUUCAUGAAGCAACCUGGAAAUGAGACUGCAGAUGUCGUACUAAAGAAACUGGAUGAACAAUACCAGAAGUAUAAGUUUAUGGAACUCAAUCUUGCCCAAAAGAAAAGGAGGCUUAAAAAUCAGAUUCCUGAAAUUAAGCAGACUUUAGAAAUUCUAAAAUACAUGCAGAAGAAAAAAGAGUCCACCAAUUCAAUGGAGACUAGAUUCUUACUGGCAGAUAACUUGUACUGCAAAGCUUCAGUGCCUCCCACUGAUAAAGUGUGUCUUUGGUUGGGGGCUAAUGUAAUGCUUGAAUAUGAUAUUGAUGAAGCCCAGGCACUGUUGGAAAAGAAUUUAUCAACUGCCACAAAGAAUCUUGAUUCUCUUGAGGAAGACCUUGAUUUUCUUCGAGAUCAAUUUACUACCACAGAAGUCAAUAUGGCCAGAGUUUAUAAUUGGGAUGUGAAAAGAAGAAACAAAGAUGAUCCUACCAAGAACAAAGCAUAAUGUUGGCAAUUUAAAUGUGGUUCAGUUUUCCAAACAAGUUUUAAAUACCCCUAAGUUUACCCUUAAAAGUUGACAUAUGUCUGAGUGAUUUUUUAACAGCAAGAAUGAUAAUUAAAAUUUAAAAAAAUGAUAAAAAUCAUUUUAUUUAUUUAUAAAAACAAAAUUAGUUCACAUAUUUUUUAAAAUUAGCAGUAUUAUUUUUUUUCACAUUUUCAGCAAAAUAAAUGCUGCUUUUGUUAAUUUUUUUGUCAUAAGAAAAGUCUUAGCCGAAAUGGCCAAAAACUGUGAGAUAGACUAUGGAAGUUGAAUUUUGAACACUUAGCACAGUUUGCUUUUCUUUAUUGGCUGAUGUUACUCUCACCUGACGUGGUUAAACCAGUUUAGAGGUGAGAAGACCAGUUUUGGAUACUUGCAAACUUGUUUUCUUUACUACAUGAUGUGGGACUUUCUAGUCCUCUGUUGUCAUUAUGUCUUGUGUAAAUAGUUUCACGAAUAACUGUUUAGCCAAUAAUUAUUUAUUACAAUAUUCUGUACUUUUUCAGGAAAUGCUAAUUUGGCUUCCUAAGCAGUAAGGAGGCUUUUGAGACAUUUUUUCUUACUCCAUAUAAAUGCAUGUUGUCUUUGCAAUGCCAACAUAAGGAAGAUCUCAGCCAACAUGAAAUAUCAAAGUUACUCUUAGCUAAAGUAUUUCUUCACAGUUCUCCAAAGCAGCUAAACAGGAAUAAUAAGAUAAAUAUAGAUCUGCCGUGGUUAAAAAUUGUGAGCUUUCUUAUUCAUGAUACAACCUCAUAGGAAUAGAAAAAAAAAUCCCUGUGGAAAAUAUUUGGUAUAAUGGCUAAUACUGGGUAAUACAUAUUCUGCUAAGAACACAAAUGUAUUAUUCCAUCUUCGUGUAGUAAAAAUUAUACUUGUACAAUGUUUUGUACUUGUAUUUCAUGAUAUUAAAACAAUGAAAUUAAA